UGGCUAAUAGAAAAAUGAAAUACUAUUCCAUUCAAACUUCUUGUUUUCUUCUUUUUUUGUUCCUUCUGGAGUACAGGUGGUACACUCCCUGCUCUGAUGAAUCCGUGCUCACUAUCACAGUCUAUUUCUCUGGUAAAAGGAAUCUGCUGUACCAUAUCAGACAUGAAUGCAGAUCAAACGAUGGUCACACAGAAAACUUUAGUGGAGCAGUUAGUGAAAAGGUAUCCAGGCAUUGCAGUUCCCUCCCAGAAAAUCUUAUACAACAUCCUUGGCACUCUAAUUAAAGAAAGGAAGAUCUAUCACACAGGAGAGGGAUAUUUCAUCGUUACCCCCAACACCUACUUUGUCACAAAUGAUGCUGCAGAAUACAGUAACAGGGUCUGGCGGACAGACAGUGAGGACGCUUACCAGGCAAACUGGGAAAGCUGUGCAGACCCAGUGAAAGAAAACAUUGCUACAGUAUCCCGUUGUCUCCCUGGCCAGAAUAUGCUCUGUGAACAAAGACUUGAGCAGCUAAUGAACCAGGAACCAAUGGGAGGAGGCAAGAAAGGCUGCAGUGAAGGGGAGCCUUUGAUUCAAACUCAGGUCAUCUCUUCAUCAGCUGAAAACCAUUCCUGGAACACUAUGAAAACCCUGACAUCAGUGAAAGAGAAACUGAAAUGCAGAAGAUUUGGCAUUGGCCUUUUCUGGAGAAGUACUUCUAAAAAAGAAAAACAUAAGGAGUACUCUACAUUUUCAGCCCAGUUUCCCCCCAGGGAGUGGCCAGUCAGAGAUGAAGAUGACUUAGAUAAUAUUCCACGUGAUGUUGAACAUGAAAUCAUCAGGUGUAUUAACCCUACUCUUACCGUUGAUAAUUUGAUUAAACACACAAGAUUAAUGCAAAAUUUUGAGGAGAGGAAAAAAAAUACUACUAAGGAUACCUCGGCUGAAGUGUUAACACUAAGGCAAAAGUGUCUUUCAAAGGAGUGUGUUCAAAAGACACAAAUUAGAACAUCAAAACACAAAAGGAAAACAAAGCCAAACAAAGAGAAGCAAAUCAGCAGAAACAACAGGAAAUCUCAUGUGCACGAGCCAACACCCCAAAGUGAGAAGCUGGAAGAGAACAUUUCACUGCUUGUCACAAGCCAACAGCCGCUGGAUGCAGCGGUGGAAUCCCAGGUCAUAUAUAAAAAGCAAAUUAAGAAUCCUUUUCAGGGUCUCUCAUGGAGACACAGCUUUUAUGCAAAAGCACACAAGGGUCGUAUUAACAGCCAGCGGAAGUCCAGGAGACGAAAGCAGGAAAGGGAUUUACAAAGGUUUACAAAGUCUUUGGACUCACCCAGAGCUUCUGAAUAUGAAGCUGAACAACUGCUUGCUGAAAUGCAGGCUGACAACACUAAGCAAAACAAAUUACCCCAAGCUCAUAGGUUUUCUUUUCAAUUAAAGAAAAACAGUUUAAGUGACAAUGUUAGUUAUCUGCACAGCAGUACUUUGCGAAUAGAUGAUAAACAUAAAUACUUUCUGGAGAGUAAUGUUUCUGAAGACAAUGUCUACAGAGGAACUGUGAAAAGAAAUCCUGGAGAUAUUAAAAAAUCCCCAGACUUCUACACUGAAGAUAAAAGUGUGCGUAAAGAAAAAGCAAAACAUUUACUACAUCUGAAAGGUGAAUGUUGCAGGUACAAGGCUGAUGCUGAAUGUGAGUUGUUGGACCAAGCAGCAAAUGAAUUUCAAAACGUCCAUCUCUCAAAUUAUACAACCAGUGUUACAAGGGAAAAAGAAUUUAGUGUGACAUACAGACAAAAGACUGAUAAAAAGAAUGAACUUGUAUUUAAAUAUGACUGUACCAACUGUCCUGCAUCAAUGAAGUUGGAAAGUGAUAGAUUUAACAACAAAUGCCAUCUUCAGAACCAGAAAGUACAUGAUUGUGACAAGUGUAGUUUGUUGCAUCUGGAUGACAAGUUUGAAUGCAAAGAACCACAUCAAUUGCUUUCUUGCCAUGCAUUUUCAGUCACAAGAGACUGGAGUAAAGCUGUGCAAAAGGUAGGGACUACUCUAAAAAUCUCUAAGCUUAAUAUUUAUCCAAACCGAUAUAAUACAACUGUAAAUAGACAUGAAUCUGGAGGGUAUGGAUAUAAAGGAAGUGCUGAUUUUGCAGAAUCAAUUUGUGGCUCAAGAAAGCAUCAAAAGCCAGACCUCGCAGAAGAAAGUUGUUUGUGCAGCCAGGUUCUUCCAGUGGUAUCCAGAAAGGAGGAAGAAACCAGCUUUACUGAAUGCAUGAAGGCUUCAGCUGUAGAUUUCUGUGACACUAAUGAGGCUGACGCUUUGCAGAACCGCACCUGUGAGAUGGCAGAAGUAGUGGCAUGCCACAGUCUGGGCCCACAAGCCAAAGAAACAAGAAUCCCCCCAGGAAAAACCGGUCUCAUUUUAAAGAAUAAAUACACUGUGAUAUCAGGACAGAAUCACACAGAAGGGGUAGAAAACCACAGCAUUACAGGAGACAGUGGAAUUGACUCCCCAAGGUAAGAAAACACAUGUAACAUAGUCAUAAUCUAAUUAACAACAAUCGUAUUUGUGUAGACCUUUUGCUGUAUAUCCCCAGCAGCAAAACUGGUAUUAUCUUUUACUUAUGACCCAGAAAUACUCAACAUUUAUAGUGCUUCCAUGUCAUAUUCCAUAAACUUUCUGCCUAAACCUGCUAUGCAUAUGCUACUGUUUGUAUUUUGCAUUUACACUCAUAGUACAAAAUGGAGAUGCAGAAAUGCUCAGGAACAUGGAUAAACUCAACGUGUUUUGUUAGCAAGACUAUCCAGCUUGCCAUAUGCCAUUAUAGAUAUUGUCAUAGUUACCCUGGUUGUAGGUGAAGAAUAAAAUGUGUUUUAUAAAGAUGUCCAAUCUUUGUAAUACUUAAAGUACAAAAUAUCCAUCUUGCUCACAACAGACAGGAGAAUGUGCACACCACCUUGAAGGAGAGGCUCGCUUUGUCGGGUACCUGUAGCCUGUAACUAUGUACUUUUUUGAAAAGAUUUUUUGGAAGUUUCUUAAUGGAAAACAAAUUGAUAUUAAACAAAUUUUACAUAGUUGCACAUGGGUAAGACUUACACAGCUGUUAACCUAAUUGGCAAGAACCUAAGUUAAAAUGCUGUGUGGGGGAAAAUUACAUCAAUUUCUGAUAGCAUUCUGUGUUCUUAAGGCCUUAAAUAACUGGUGCUUAAGUGCAAUUAAAUCACUCAGAUCCUCAUUUGGUACAUAUCAUCACCUUGAACAGCUUAUAUAUACAGAAGCAAAUCAGAUCUUACCGUUUUUAAGGAAAUGCUGAUGGAGUGGGGUUCUGGUUGUUUUGUUUUUCCCUUAAGCAGCUUUUUGGCACAGUUCUCCUGUAUUCCUUGGACGCGGCCCCUUGGAGCCCGUCGGUCAGUCUGGUGGUAUUGACGCCACCCGAGGUAGCAGA